GUCGUCAAAGGCAUAUAGGCUCUCAUUCACCCAGGUGUGGCAUUGAAAGGCGCACUGAAAGAACAUCAAUCGAUCAAGGAGUGGACACACGGAAUCAUGUUUAUGAGCACUCCGCACCAAGGCGGAAACGGGAUGCAGUUCGCAAAGCUGCUGCUAAAUGCGGCAAUGGUUCACAAGACCACCAACACCCAGCUGCUAGAGUAUCUGAAGCGAGACUCAGAAUGGCUCCAACAGCACCUUAGGCAGUACGGGCCAAUCAGUAGGAAAUUGAUGACAAAGUUUGCAUAUGAGGAGUACAAGACUCCGAUGGCGCAGGGUCAUUCAAUCAUGGUGGUACCAAAAGCAUGCGCCGUUGUCCCAGGCGCCGCCGACACUGAACAGAUCUUGAUCCAUGCGGAUCAUAGAAACAUGGUCAAGUUUGACUCAAAAGAGGACAAUGACUAUAAGAAAGUUUCAGACCAUUUGAUUAUGAUGGUUGAAGAAGCAGGUAGCCCUAUCGACUUUCAGAAGAAAGCGAUUAUCCGAGUAACAAGACGGCUCAUCGAUGACAUCGAGGCAGCCAUCAAAGACUGGCCCUUAGUCCAAGCACAACUGUGGAUGGCCCAGGUCGAUUCUAUAUUCACAGAAGAAUCUUGCAUCGCUUGUCCGACUACAGUGUCGUCCAAUUUCUGCAACAUGAUUGAUCUGGCUUUAGUCUUCCUCAAGGGGACCUGCUUCGGUUGCGCCCAGAUCUUUGCGGCGGUUCACUCUAUUCUACUUGAUGCUAACAGCGACGACAUGUAUUAUUAUUUCUCAGAGGUCCAAACUCGCCCGAUCAGCGAGGGCGGUAUUAGGAUACAACCUGGAAUCUCAAUCUUUGGUUGCGAAGAUCCGGACUAUGAACUCAUUCGUAUCGGCAAAGAGGCCGUCACGAGCAACGAUACAAGGCUCCAAUCCGACAUAAUGGCAAAGCACAUGGCCGGUGUAGCAUUAAGGGGAUCUACGGAUUUUCCUUUACUCAAGAAAGAGAGAAUCGCACGGUCGCUAUCUCUGACGUGGCUACGACAACGAUUAGACACAUGUGUUCGUGAUCAUCCAUCGUGCCAGCCACGCGAUGGCUUGCGAUUGCCAACGAGAAUCCUCGAUUUAGGCCGCGAUAGUUCUCAUAUCUUCCUAGUGGAAAGUGCUGGGAUCGAAGUCUUUCGGUACACCUGCUUGAGCUAUCGUUGGGGUCCAGUAGAGAAGAGCCUUCGAACACUGUCAACGAAUUACAAGAAGCACAAAGCCGGAAUAUUGAUCGACUCUCUCUGUCCCAUGUUCCAAGAUGUAGUAAACGUCAUCAGGCAAUUACAAGUUCGCUACCUUUGGAUAGAUGCGCUCUGUAUUAUUCAGGACUCAUCUGAAGACUGGGUUCGGGAGUCUGCUAAGAUGAGCGACGUCUACGCAAACGCAUUUCUCACAAUUGCUGCGAGUGCCUACACCGGGGAUAUCAACCGCGGCCUCAUGCAAGUGGAAACCGAGCAUUACGGCUGGCUCUUGCCAAGUAGAGCCGACGAGGUUGUUAUCUGUCGUCGCGAGAUCGAUCAUACUUUAUUCACGACUCAAGGAGUAAGAUUUCCACAGGAAGAUGCACAACUUAUGUAUGAUCUCCCUCUGCUAGGGCGCGGUUGGGUGUACCAAGAGCGCGCUCUUAGCCCACGAUAUGUGCACUUUGGCCAAGAGAUAGUGUGGGAAUGUAAUAGCUGCACCGAAUGCGAAUGCUCCUGGUCCUGCGACUACGAAAAGCGGUGGAAACUUGCGAAUCGUUCCAGUCCCGAAAGCUCAAACAGUAUGGUUGAUGAAUGGCACCGGCGUGUCUCAGCCUAUACCGGGCUACAGCUCACCUUCCCCGGGGAUAUUUUCCCAGCAAUAGGAGGUAUGGCUCGUGAUUUCCAGCGUAGCUUUGACGGCUUGGGCAAUUUCCAGGCCGGCAUGUGGGAAAAUACAAUACUCUACAAUCUCGCCUGGCUCGGCAGAUAUCGGAGUCCUCGUAAACGCGUGCCUCACUGGCGUGCACCCACCUGGAGCUGGGCAGCACUCGAAGGGCCCGUAGAGUUCUGGCUCGAUGAAAGUGACAGGCCACUGUGCGAGGUUAUUGCCGUAGACUGCAAACCGAGUGGCGAAGAUCCGUUUGGGGCAUUGGAAGAAGCUUCAAUAACGCUGGAGGGAUUCCUCGUAUCCGUUAAGAUAGAAUGGAACGAUCCGGACGUGGUCACAUACGAGCCAUAUCUCUACUUGGACUCGGAAAAGCUUGGCUAUGCUCUUUGGGACUGUUGGCCGGAUCCUGUUACUGCCACCAACAUCCCGCCGUACAGCCAGGUGAGUCUUUUCAUGUUAUCACAGUAUUGGGUGGCACAGACUCGGGUGUCCCAUUUCUUCUUGUUGCUCAAGGAAAUCAGAGAUGGCGUGUAUGAACGCUACGGCUUCGUAAUUUUUGACGAACGCGAAGUAGAGAUAAUCAAGGCGCACUGGGAAAAGCGGCGGGUUACAAUAGUUUGAACAUAGACUCCAGUAUUUGCAUGUGCAGCGAAACGGUAUGUUAUGCUUUACUUAAAUCAUGAAUAUUGUCUCCCACGGGACGGUGUUCUGGAGCAUAUGGAUCACAAAUCAAACGACUUCCCUAAGACGCUUCACCAAGUGUUUCACGAACAAUCUGCGCACUGCAUUAGCUAAUGGCAUAGGAGAUGAGCCAAAGCUAAUUGCCAAAGCCAUUUGCUCUUACAACACGUUAGCCGAUUAGCAGGUUUAAGCAACGGCUAGAAAUGAAUAUUAAAUUGCCACUAUACGCAGGAACAAUGGCCGACCUGCUCCUGCCCUCAUCAAUGUUGUUCAAGUUCAAUAUAAUGUAAUCGCACUAGAUAUAAACCAUUUGCACUAGAUAUAGUCUAUUUGCACUAGACACCGAAUCACCUCAAAUCAACAUU